AUCUAUGCCAAAGUGUGGUCACAAUUAACAAGCAUGAAUGAAAGCCAAACGUAGAGAAAUUUAAGGACACUCUCAAAGUAGUUAACCGUACAACAAUUCCAUGUUGCAUCAUUGACUCUGAAUUAACCUUUUAUCUCUUCUCAUUUCAACAACAAUGGCAUAACCAAAUUCACCUAAUUCCAAACAAAACUCCACUAUGGAUCCCUAUGAAUUCCUCAAAAUCAAACUCAACUCUGAUGGUUCACUAACAAGAAACUACAUUGUGCCCACCGUGCCAUCAUCCUCCGAUCCCACUAAUUCGCCACUGCAACCGGCUCUCUCUAAAGACAUUCCCUUAAACGCCGCUGCGAAAACCUCCAUUCGUCUCUUCCUCCCGAACCCUCCACCGUCUUCCUCUGCUGCCAAACUCCCCAUUAUUCUCUACUUCCAUGGUGGUGGUUUCAUCCUCUACCACCCUUCCUCGCUCAUUUUCCACCACCCCUGCUCUACAUUAGCUGCUCAAAUUCCUGCCAUUGUUGCCUCCGUUGAUUAUCGUCUCUCGCCUGAGCAUCGCCUCCCAGCAGCCUACGAUGAUGCAGUUGAUUCUCUUCUCUGGCUCAAAUCCCAAGCUCAAAAUCCAACAGAAUCUGAUCCAUGGAUCAGAGACCACGUGGACUUUGAUAAAUGCUUCUUGAUGGGAGACAGUGCCGGAGGUAACAUAGCCUAUUUCGCAGGUCUACGUGCUCUCGACCUUGAUCUCUCUCACAUUAAAAUCCGAGGGAUCAUAAUGAAAUAUCCAUUUUUUAGUGGGGUCCAGAGAACGGAAUCUGAGCUUCGUUUGGUCAACGAUCGUAUAUUACCAUUACCAGCAGGUGACCUCAUGUGGUUCCUAUGUUUGCCCGAGGGCAAAGACAGGGACCACGAGUAUUGCAAUCCAACAACUUUGGAUCACGUAUACGGUGAAAAGAUUGGACGGUUGCCAAGGUGCUUUGUUAAUGGCUACGGUGGAGAUCCAUUGGUGGAUAAGCAGAAGGAGCUGGCGAAGAUUUUGGCGGCACGUGGGGUGCACGUGGAGUCCUGUUUUGAUGAGGAUGGGUAUCAUGCUGUGGAAAUCUUUGAUCGUUCUAAGGCACAAGUUUUGCUUGAAAAUGUUAAGAAAUUUAUACUCUCUGCUGUUUCUGUUGCUCCUCAAUCCUCUAUGUGACACUUUGUGGUAGCAUGUGUUUUUCUUUUUCCCUUAUAAACAAUGUUUUUUUUUUUUUUUAGAGAAAACAAUGUUUAUUUAAUAAAUAAUAAAAUUAUGGCAUUACAUUGUUGUUUAGUAGAAGAAAAAUUAC